AUGCCACGCAUGGGUUGCUCGGACUUGAGGGUGCGCUACGACAGGUCUCUCGGCAUGCAAGCUUGAAGCCAAACCAGUGACUCAGAGAAGGAACGCGGAAGCGCGUGAGGACAGGCGCAAGGGGUGGUCGCUGCUCGUGGCGAUAUCAGAAUGCGUCAAGUAAGAAAGAUCACUCAUCCAUCUCGCCAGACGACUCGACGUACAAACCGACCCGCUCUCUUUCUGCAGAUCCAAAGACGUCGACAAGCUUGAGCAGCUGCUGAAUGACAACAAAGAGGUACCCAACCCGACAGACGUGCCAAAAACACGAAAAGAGGUCGGUGGAUGGCUGUUGUGUGCCGCAGCUCAUCGAGCGGCCGGAGGCCUCUCUGCGCACCGACGACGGGGACGACGAAGGGUCAGCGACCAUGCGGCUCUCGGCUGUACACUCUUUGCUGUGUGUUGUGUGUUUCCGCCUUUGUGCAGCCGCCUGGAGGAAACGAACACGGAUGACACAAGUGAAGACCCAGCACCUUCGGAGGAGGAGCCACCACCACCACCACCACCAGCAGUGUAA